AUGCGUCACUUUGACGAGGCGUUCGGAGAUCCCUUCGGCGGAGGAGAAGCGAUCUCGACCGAGGUGUUUAGGGCGAAUGAGUCGCUCAGAAAGCAGCGGGAGGCGAGGAAUUUCCGGUAUGAGGGGGAUGCGGACGCGCCGAAGUUGACUAGAAGCGGGAAGAUCGUUAGGCGGAGAGAGAUGGAGGUGGAUACGGAGGAAGGGGAACGGGAUGGGGCCGGGGCCGAGGCGGAUGCCUAUGGUGCUGGGAAUGGAGAGGGGGAGGACGAUGACAUGCUCGGCAUGGAACGACAGGAGGAACGGCCCGACAUCGACAUGGAUGUCGAUAUUUCUGCUCCAGCAGUCGACAGCCCUUCCGCGCUCAAACCACUCCUCCCCGCUGCUCGGCAACAUAUCCUCCGUAUCCUCUCGACUCUCACGGGGAACGGCAUCGCCCGAGAUCCACCUCCGUUCGCUGACGAAGAUACAAACGAGGCGCUGCAAGGGCUGGCGAAUCUCCUCAAGGGAACAGUAGAGCGCGGAGAGGGAAAUUCUGCGAUGCUCGUUGGGCCGAGAGGGACUGGGAAGACCAGGACAAUGGUGCGUGCUCUUCAGCUUCUUCCCUCGACUUCUACCUCGGCACCUAUCAUUGUCCGCCUCUCGGGGCAUGCGCAGACGAACGACCGGCUCGCGAUCCGGGAGAUGGGGAAACAGAUCGCUGAGGCCGAGGGCGAGAAGGCGGGCGGGGAUGAGGUGGAGGAGGAAGAAGCAGAAGGAGAGGAUCAGGAAUACGCGCCUACCACUCUGCCGUCGCAUCUGCUCGCACUGCUUACUGUGCCUUCACCCCGAGCGAUUAUCAUCGUGAUGGAGGAGUUUGAUCUUUUCACUGAGCAUGCUCGUCAGGCUCUACUGUACUGCCUACUCGACGUCGUGCAAAGCGUAAAGACGGGCCCAGUCGAGUCUACCGGCCGAGGAGUGGCCGUCAUAGGUCUCACCUCCCGGAUAGACACCCUGCUUCUUCUCGAAAAACGCGUCAAAUCCCGCUUUUCCCAUCGAGUCUGGCGCGUCAACUCGCCGCUCGCUCCAGGCGGACCAGGCUGGAAGGUCCUCCUCAAGUCCACCCUGUGCCCUAGUAUCGUGCCACCCCAAGCUUCUACUCCAGCCAAGAAGAAUGGGCGGGUCAAGCCGGUAGAAACGGAAGAGGAGCGCUGGUUUAGGGAUUGGAGGGAUCUAGUCGACAUCAUGCUCGACGACGAAGACAUGGCGCGAUACCUUGACCGCUUGACGGGGCUGACGACAGACGUUCGGAAUCUGUAUCGGCCAUUCAUCAUCCCACUCGUCCAAUACGCAGCCUCCCUCAAUACCAUCGGCGUCCGCACACUCACCGCCUCCGUCCUCUCCCAGAUCGAGCUCGCCGGCUGGGGUCUGGCGCAUACCAAGCUCAAAGGGCUUGCGCAGCCCGAACAGGCCAUACUGGUCAUUUCGAAGCAUCUCGCCUAUGCGGGCAGGGAAGAGUUCAACUUUGCGCAGGUCGAGGAGGAGUAUCUGAGGUUUGCGAGGACGAGGCUGGUGGGUAGUGGGAAGGUCCGGUGGCCUAUUGGGGUGUUGAGAGUGGCGUUCGAUGAUCUUUUACAUCUGGGUCUGCUUGUACCGACUGGCCACUCGUCGCUUAGCGCGCAGUUCGCGAAGGUACGGUGUACGCUUACGCCGCAUGAAAUUGUCGCUUGGUUCAAGGGCGAAGGGGCGAAUCUGCUAUCUACGGAGCUGGCCAACUGGGGCCGGAUGAUGGGUGGACAUGCAUGA